CGAUAAUCACCCGUAUAGCCAUUAGUCGAGCGCCACAAUUCUAUCGAAGCUCGUAUUCAACCUAAAUCGGUUUUCACCGCAAAGUCGAAUGUUUGCCAUGUAGUAUAAAUAGUGGCUGUUAUUCAGCUCAUUUUCCCUCGUCAGAUCUCAAUCAUCCUCUGUACUCAACACAAGCCAUCCUUUCACUCGUCAAAAUGAAGUUCAGCAUCCUCACCGCCCUUACCGCCAUUGUCGGCAGCGCUGCCGCUGCCAACCAAGCUGUUGUUACGAACGACUGCUCUGGUACUAUCUAUGUUCAGUCUUGGCCUUACAAUGGCGGAGCUCCUGGACCUCUGGUGACCCUCAAGCCCGGACAGAAGUUCUCUGAGAACCUGCGCUCCACUGGCUCGACUGUCAAGAUUGCUACUACCAAGACUCUCACCAACCCUCUCUUCUUCGGUUACUCCUCUACCUCCAAGCCCAACUACGUUUACUGUGAGUCCAACACUCAAUGGGGUAACCCCUUCGCCAACAAGCACAACAUUCUCACCACUGGUAAAGGAUGCAAGCAGUUUGACUGCAAGGCUGGUGACGCUUCUUGCUACAGCACUCCCAGCAUGAAGAAGGUCUAUGGUUGUCCCAGCCCUGCUACUAUCUCAGCCACCAUCUGCGCCAAGUAGAGGAGACGUUAGAGAGACGGGGAAUAGAGAGAGAAAUAUAUAAAUCUUAUUGGUAGAGGUAGUAAUACAUAUUCAAUAAUGUAAACGCUUA